UGUUUAGCCAUAACAUCCCCGUGACCCUGCCGAGCUCUGCUGAUCAAGCACUCCAAAAAAGAGAAAAAAAAUAAAAUAAAAAACCAAAUUAUUAAUCAGCAAUAAACAAGAAAGGAGGAAAAAGAAACCGAAAAUAUAUUAUCAGUACCAAAUACUAAUAAAAAGCAAAUAACAACAUCGCGAGAAAAGAAAAAGAAAAGAAAAUUGGUCCUCUCAGAUCUGAAAUUUCCCUUCUGUUGAUCUCAAUAACAAACAAAUGUUCAGAUUUGAACAGCAAAAGAUGAGGAAAAGGAUUGCAUUUUCAUUUUCCUUUUGAUUUAUUUCUCUUUUUUUCUUAGGGAAUUGCAAUCUGUCCAUUUCUUCUCUUCUCUUCUCCUUUUGUUUUUGCUGUUUUGUGCGGAAGAUGGCCGACGCCGUGAUUCCUCCCGCCGUACUUCGUAAUCUCUCCGAUAAGCUCUAUGAGAAGCGAAAGAAUGCGGCUCUCGAGGUCGAGGGAAUUGUGAAGUCGCUGGCGGCCGCCGGGGAUCACGAGAAGAUAUCGAUGGUCAUCAAUUUGUUGACCAACGAAUUCACCGCCUCAGCCCAAGCCAACCACCGCAAGGGAGGAUUGAUAGGACUAGCAGCUGCAACAGUAGGGUUAACUUCAGACGCAGCCCAACAUCUCAGUCAAAUUGUGCCACCUGUACUUGAAUCUUUUAUAGACCCAGAUAGCAGAGUUCGUUAUUAUGCUUGUGAAGCUCUGUAUAACAUUGCUAAGGUGGUUAGAGGAGAUUUUAUUAUUUUCUUUAAUCGUAUUUUUGAUGCCUUAUGUAAACUUUCGGCAGAUUCAGAUCCCAAUGUACAAAGCGCUGCUCAUCUUUUGGAUCGGCUUGUAAAGGACAUCGUUACUGAAAGCGAUCAAUUCAGCAUUGAAGAGUUUAUACCGUUGUUGAGAGAACGUAUGAAUGUCCUAAAUCCCUAUGUCCGACAAUUUUUGGUGGGAUGGAUUACUGUAUUGGACAGUGUUCCAGAUAUAGAUAUGCUGGGUUUUCUUCCUGAUUUUCUAGAUGGUUUGUUCAAUAUGUUGAGCGAUUCUAGCCAUGAAAUACGACAACAAGCUGAUUCUGCUCUUUCAGAGUUUCUUCAAGAAAUUAAGAACUCCCCAUCUGUAGAUUAUGGUCGUAUGGCUGAAAUACUGGUUCAGAGAGCAGCUUCUCUAGAUGAAUUCACUCGGUUAACAGCUAUUACUUGGAUAAAUGAGUUUGUGAAACUUGGUGGCGAACAACUUGUUCCUUAUUAUGCUGAUAUUCUAGGAGCCAUUCUGCCUUGCAUUUCCGACAAAGAAGAGAAAAUUAGAGUGGUUGCUCGUGAAACCAAUGAAGAGCUCCGUGCAAUCAAGGCUGAUCCUGCCGAUGGAUUUGAUGUUGCAGCAAUUCUCUCCAUUGCAAGGAGGCAAUUAUCGAGUGAGUGGGAGGCUACUCGAAUUGAAGCAUUGCACUGGAUAUCAACCCUUUUAAACGGACACCGUAUCGAGGUCUUGUCUUUUCUAAAUGACAUAUUUGAUACCCUUCUCAAAGCACUGUCAGAUCCAUCUGAUGAGGUGGUACUCCUUGUUCUUGAGGUUCAUGCAUGCAUAGCGAAAGAUCUGCAACACUUCCGCCAACUUGUUGUUUUCUUGGUGCAUAAUUUCCGCAAUGAUCAUUCUCUUCUAGAGAAGCGCGGUGCUUUGAUAAUCCGACGACUCUGUGUUCUUUUAGAUGCUGAAAGGAUCUAUCGUGAACUUUCUACAAUAUUAGAGGGGGAAGCUGACCUGGAUUUUGCAUCUAUCAUGGUUCAGGCUUUGAAUUUGAUUUUACUCACAUCCUCUGAGUUAUCUGAGCUUCGAGAUCUUUUAAAAAAAUCUCUGGUGAAUUCUGCUGGGAAAGAUUUAUUUGUUUCUUUAUAUGCUUCAUGGUGCCAUUCGCCCAUGGCAAUUAUAAGCCUUUGUUUAUUAGCACAGACUUAUCAGCAUGCCAGUACUGUGAUUCAGUCACUGGUAGAGGAAGAUAUUAAUGUCAAAUUCUUGGUACAGCUGGAUAAAUUAAUUCGUUUGCUGGAAACUCCCAUCUUUGCUUACCUUAGAUUGCAGCUACUUGAACCUGGAAGAUAUACAUGGUUGUUAAAAGCUUUAAAUGGUCUUCUGAUGCUGCUCCCACAGCAAAGUGCCGCUUUUAAGAUGCUGCGAACUCGUUUAAAAACUGUUCCUUCAUAUUCCUUCAGUGGUGAUCAAGUCAAGCGAAUAUCUUCAGGAAACCCUAACUCUCAGAUUCUACAUCACAUUCCAUGUGGAUCACAUAUCUCUGAGGAUGGUGAUGUAAACCAGGAUGUAGGGGCUUCUAAUUCGCAUAAUGGAAUUAACUUCACUUCAAGGCUGCAUCAGUUUGCGCAAAUGCAACGUCAACACCGAAUGCAUGCAAAAGUGCAGGCACAGUCUCGCAACAGUUCUGCUUCAUCAUCAAAGGAUGUACAAAGAUCAGAGGAAUCGGGGCACCAACUUCCUUUGGAUAAUAGUGAGCCUCCUUCAAGAUCAUCUAGAAAAGGCCCAGGGCAGCUACAACUUUAAUCAUGCUUUUCACAGGAGAUGAGAGUAGAGGUGGUAUAACUUGUAAAAUUGUAUAUCGUAGUUUGCCUGUUUUUAUGGAUGCUGGGAUGGUAAAAGAGAUGGUUUUGAUUUGGGAUAAGCUUAGGUUCUCCUGAGCUUCUUCUUCUUCUAUUUUUAUUUUUAUUUUUGGAGACGGUGACAUGCAUGUGGUUCUUUUAUUUUUUUUUAUUGAAAACCACAUGGGAGCAAAUUAUUUUAGAGAA